AUGAAUCAAUUGCUACAAGUGGUGGUCGACGUGCUACUGUUGCUGUACUACUGGGGCGAAGGGAUUGUCAUGUUUUUUGUGCCCAAACGGCUCCGGUUUAAGUCCGUCGCCGACGACAUAGUGCUCAUCACUGGCGGCGGCAGUGGUUUGGGUCGACUACUGGCCCAACGGUUCGCCCGACUCGGCGCUCAGGUAGUCGUGUGGGACUUGAAUCAGUCGGCGCUCGACGAGACGUGUCAACUCAUUCGCGAGGAGCUGACGACCGGUGCCGGGGCUCACGAUAAGCCCCCGAAACGGGUGUUUAGCUACGUGUGCGACGUCUCGGACAGGGCUAUGGUGUACGAGACGGCCGAUAGGGUACGCCGGGACGUGGGAAAGGUAUCCAUUUUGGUGAACAACGCCGGUAUCGUCAGCGGGAAGCGCUUCCUGGAGACGCCCGACGAGAAAAUUGUCAAAACUUUUGAAGUGAACGCUAUUUCGCACUUUUGGGUGAAUAUUGUGUUUCUUUUGAAUAUGUUUUUGAUUUGUAGUUAA